AUGACAGAUAACCCACUUUUCAAGGAAGAACUUGUGGACGAGCUACAAGAUAUGGAUGACCUUAAAGAUUUGGAGGGUUUCAAGAAGAGAGGCAUAAAGUAUACCCCGUUCAAGCUCCUUCCUAAUGAGCUUCCGUUGUGGAAGCCUGGUCAUGUUUUUAAGCAUAGAGAUUUCUUCUAUGACGUGUUGAGGCAGUACGCAAUAAUGUCCAGAAGGCGGGUGCACGUGAAAAGAAAUGACGGCGACAAACUUCGUGCGAUUUGUAGAGGGCAAGGCUGUGAGUGGUAUGUUUAUUUGAGGAAGCUCGAAUCACACAACGGCCAUGAUUAUGUGGUGAUGAAUAUGCAACGCGAUCAUGCGCACACAUGCUCCCAAGUGUUGGAUCAGAAGUGGUUGACGGCAAAGUGGCUAGGCGAGCGUUACAUGGAGAAGAUCAAAGCCAACCCUCACAUUCCACUUGCAGCUAUACGGCAAUGUGUGGAUGAAGAUUUUGGGCUUAAGAUAGGUAGGAUGAAGGCAUAUCGGGCCAGAGAGCACGCACUGGACGGCACUUUCGGCUCUGCGGCUACCCAAUAUCGAAACUUGUUCUACUACAAAGCCGAAUUGGAGCGGACGCACCCUGAUUCCAGCGUACAUAUACAGUAUGAGAGUUCGAGGGAUCCUGGCGCCGUGGGUCCGAGAUUCCUCAGGUUCUACUGCUGUCUAGGUCCAUUGAAAAAGGGAUGGAAGCAGUUAUGUCGGCCAAUUAUAUUCUUCGACACUUGUUUCUUGCGACGAAUGUACAAAGGACAGCUCAUGACAGCAAUGGGAAUUGAUCCCAACAAUGGCUGGUGGCCGAUUGCUUGGGCCGUGACUGAGGCAGAGAGUUAUGUCCAGUGGAAGUGGUUCGUGGAAUACUUGUCUGAGGACCUUGAAUUGCAUGCAAAUGGCCCACGAUUUGUGUUUAUGUCUGACCAACAAAAGGGUCUUGCAAAGGUGAUUCUUAAAGAAUUCUCACAGAGCGAGCAUCGAUUCUGUGUUCAGCACAUAUACAACAAUUUCAAGAAGAGGUUCGUCGGGGAAAAUUUUAAAGAGCGAUUGUGGGAGAUUGCCGCGAGUACCACCAUCGAACAUUAUGUGGAUAAGAUGGAUGUUUUGCAAACCGAGUAUCCCCAAGCACAUCAUUGGCUUUCUGGAGUUGCUCCCAAAGAAAAGUGGGUGAAGGCAUUUUUCUCUCCACAUACUUGUUGUGAUGUGCUCCUAAACAACAUCUGUGAGACAUUCAAUUCGAAAGUUACAUUGGCUCGAGAGAAAGCAAUUAUCAGCAUGUUGGAGGACAUUCGAACGAGUCAGAUGGAAUGGAUUCAGAUCAGAGGUCAGUGGAUCAAAAGCUACGACCACACAGUCCCUCCUGUUAUCAAGGAGAUUGUGGAUAAGUGGUACUCGCGUGCUUCAUCAUGGAGGGCUACAUGGAAUGGAGAGUCUUCGUACCAAGUAACAGGGCCGUCUGGCCAAUAUGUUGUCAACAUGUCCUCUUUUACAUGCUCUUGCAGAUUGUGGCAGCUAACCGGAAUCCCAUGCACUCAUGCUAUUGCAACAAUCAACAAGAAUGGCGAGGAUGUGAUGCGAUACGUCUCCCGUUAUUAUUUGAAGUCAACAAUGAUCAUGCUGUACGAGAAUGUCCUUUACCCAAUCAAUGGGGUGGACAACUGGCCGAAGAGUUCUUACGGUUCUUUGGAACUGGCGCCCCCGAGGUCAAAGCGACAGCGUGGUAGGCCGAAGAAACUGAGGCGUGAGGAGCCCCAGAUUCGUCUUCAUGCGGACGGAGGUGAGUCACUGCGACGAACCUUCGUGAUGAAAUGUCGUCGUUGCGGUCAGGAAGGUCAUAAUAGGAGGACAUGCAGCAAUGAUCCUCGGACAGAUGCUCGGUCUGAGGUUGGGUCGCGUGAGAGUGGUGAGAGUACUUUGCCUGAAUCGUCAAACAAUCGCAAAUGCCAACAGCCUAAUGAUUCGGAUCCGGGACCUAGCACUCGGACCAGGGCCAGGACUCAGCCUCAGCGGACCACGGCCAGGACUCAGCCUCAGUGGACCAGGGCCAGGACUCAUCCUCAGCGAUGUGGCCGCCGCGGUGAUCAAGAUUGA